UUGUGGGAGCGCUGCCGGGAUACGCGCGCGGCGGUAACGGCAGCCGGGCGGCGGCGAAGGAGGGCGGCGGCGGAGAAGGGGGCCCGAGACACCCUCCGCAGCCCGUCUCCCGUCCGCAGGGGAAGGUCUCGGGAGGCCCCGUUGGAAAAGGCCCCCGCAGCCCCCGCGGCUGCCGCGGUGCGGGCGGCGGGAUGGAUCCGUCCGUGAGGGAGCGGCUGUGGGCCGCGCAGAGCCGCCGCGAUGUUCAGGCUUUGAAGAAUGCUUAUGAGUUGAUCAAAUCAGCCAGUCAGGGAAAAUCUGCACUUGACUCAUCAGAUAACUUCAGCACCGACUUAUAUGUUUUAUGUGCUGAACAGGCAUUUCAGCUGGGAUAUCUGGAAAUGAGCAGUGACUGUCUACAGAUGUAUUUUAAAGGAAGAUUUCCUGUGAACCAGUUUCUUGGCAGAGCGUAUUUGUGCCAAGGCCAGUUGCACACUCCACUCUCCACAGAUAAUUUGGAAGAGUUUGAAAAGUUUGUGCUGUUUUUCAUGAAGGCAAUAGAUUUUGCCACCCAUGACCGAAGAUAUUAUUUUUUGGUAUAUAAUGCCUCAGUUCUUUAUUGGCAACUUGUGAGGCCAUAUCUUAAGCCUGGAUUCCGCUGUUGUCUUAUUCCCAGCCUUUCUCAGAUUGUUAAAGCGUUAAACCAAACUGAAGACCAAGACAAUGAAUGGAGAGCAGAACUCAUGAUAAAUUUACUCGAGUGCUUCCUUGAUGCUUCAAAACUGAAAGAAGCAAAAGAGUUUUCAUCUGCUGCAACAAGCUUUAUUAAGGAAAAUGUUCCAGAUAAAUAUGCUCAAAUAUUUUCUCUAAUGGUAUAUCACAAACUAAUGGAUGUUUCCCAGGUAGAGAAGGAAAUAGAAAAUUCCAUCCAUUUUUCAAUUAUUUAUAAAAUGCAGAUGUUAAAAUUGCAGUGGGACACAAAUGAAUUUCCAAGCGAUGCUACCGCAAAUCUGAAUUCUGUAUACGUACUCUUGAGACAAUACGAUGUGCCUCCAGCAUCUGUUCUCAGUAUGAAGAUUCCUUUGAUUCUGGAACUAGCUCGUUUUUCUAUGAAAGCAAACUGCAUUAAGCUUGCAUAUGAUUGUAUACUUGAUUUGAAGAGAGCUGGGAUUACUGAGCAAGGGAAACUUAUUGAAAUAGAAUGCCUGGAAUAUGAAUAUGAAAUAAAAAAAAUUGGCACUAAAAUUGGGACUUACACCAAAGGAGUUGUUGAGGCUCAACUGGAAUUGAUAAAAAAUCUUGAGUUAACCUUAAAACGCGCAGUUCAAUUGGGAGAUCCUGAUGUGAUUCAGGUUGUUUGUACAACCCAGUGGAAUCUGUGCUUACCGCUACUACAACACAAUUUGCAUCAGCAUCUGCGAAAGCCAUUGAUAUCAGUUGCUGAUGUCCUUGAAGAGAUUGACAGCAUGUUGAUUUUGUUGCGUUGCCAAGUUCACAUGGAAAUAGCUCGUAUUGAAGAAGAUGAGGAAAGAAUAGAGACUGCUGUGGAACACUUGCAAAAAGCCAUACAUCUAAACAACAGUGGGCAGUAUCAAGAACAUCUAAGAUUGACUUUUAACCGUCUUCGUUUGCACACUAUACCGUAUAAGUCACCUGAGCGUCUAGAGGAUCGGGCAGUAAUGAUGAUUGAACAGGCUAAGAGGGGAAAGCAGAAGGAUAAUGUGAGGAAAAAGAGGUCCCUUCUGGUGAAUGUAGGUCUUGCACUAGCUCCUGAUUCAUUUCAAAUAGUCCUCGACAGUGAAAAUGAAGUUAAAGUUUCCUCAGGUAAAAGUAGGAGUCAAAUAAGCUACCUCUGUGCAAAAGCACAACAUCAUAUUAAAAGCAUGGAGAAAGUCGAUGAACAUUUGAAACACUCAAAAAAUGAAAAUGACAGAGAGAGAAUUAUACUUUGGGCAGAUUUGGCAAAAGUUGCACGUAAGCAAGAAGUAUGGGAUGUCUGCCGUGCAGCAUGCAGAUUUUGUCUCUUGUAUGAUGAUACUUUGUUUAGGAAGGUAACAAAACCUAAAAAAGCACAGAAGAAGAAAGCUAGUACAGCUAUGAUGGAUGAUGAUCAAGGUGACAGCUUACCAAGAGAAUCAUUACUACCUGCUAAAUCCUUCUCUUUUGAAAGAGAUUUACUCAGAAUGUUGGCAGAAAUAAGAUUCAUUAACGCAGAGGCAACUAUUAAUUUAUUAAGGUUGCAGGGAAUUGAACUGAAUGAUCAUGCUGUACCUCCAGAAGACAGAAGCCAGUAUCGUCCAGGAUAUGUUUCAUAUAUUCCUGAAAAUGAUCCAGAAUGGAAAACGUACAGUUUAUGGAUAGACUACUUAUCUCAGUAUGCUAUGGAAAACUUCCAGCGUGCAGCCGAAAUAGGAGAAGAGCUGAAUGAAGCCUGGAUUGUUCACAAUGCUGUGGUGUAUGUCUUAAACUACAAUAGACAUCUCAUCUCUUCAGGAAGACAGAGGGAAAUUACUGAGUAUCUGCAGACUCUUCUUGGGGCCAUCAAGACUGUUGGGCACAAUGGAAGUACUACGAUUUUAUUGAUGUUAUGUAAUGCUUUGGCUCGGGGCUUAAUUCUUCGUUGGAUUCCAAAGCCAAAACUUGUUGAGAUGAAAAAAAGCGAUGCAGCAACAGACAGAAGCACAAAAGCUGCAGCAAAGAAACAUGAAAAAGCAAAUGUCAUCCAGUCUUUUUCAGUAGAUCCCAGUGGACUUCCUGAUAUCAAAGCUGCCUUAGAGGUUUGUGAAUUUGCCCUACACGCGACAGCUGGAACCGUACCUAGUGAAGCAGUACCUAUUGCUGCACAACAGCAGAUCAUUGCGACCUGGGUGAAAGCAAAGCAGUUAAACCACCAGCAGAUUGGACAUAAACUUGGCACUGAGGAGGAGAAUGAUGAUGGAGCACAAAAUCCUGUGGCAAGAGUUCUUGUUGGUCUAGAAAUGUAUUCAUGUAAUGGUUUGGGCCUCAUGGAUUUCACUGCGCCUAGCUUACCUCAGUUAGUGAAAUUGGCUUUAGAAUGCAGUUGGCCAGAUUCCUUAGUGGAAUUGCAGACACUGACACGACUUACGUAUUUUGCAUAUCUAUCACAUAACUAUGAGAUAGUGGCAACUUGUUCUAAAAGGAUCUUGCAAACAGAUGAGAAUUUUUUCCGCAAUAGAGAUACUAAGAAAUAUGAAAUGCCUGGUAACAGAGUGGGACAAGAAAUGUUAAGCAUUACUGCUUGUAUACAAGGGAAGAGUAUAAUGGAAAAUUUGUCUGGAAGAAAACAUUUGCGCAUAGCAGCAUCAAAAGCCUUUGUUCAGAGUGCCAGGUACGCAGGUGAAGCCAGGAAUUAUUCCCUUGUCAUGUUUGCAGCCAGACACUUUUGGAAUACAUGUCUACCUUUGUUAAGUUCUCCAAAUGACAGAGAGCAAUUUAAAGAACCUACUGAAAUAAUUCUUAAGAAUAUAACUAAAGCAGAAUCUAAAAAUAAACAGGAGAAGAAAGAUACGUUGCCUUUGCAUCAGUGGAUUACAAAGGAUUUUCAAAACGUCGGGUUAUCAGAUGGAUGUUUUCUCCCAGGUGCUGAGGAAGAUCUGACAUUAAGAACCUCCUUAUAUGGGUUAUUAUUCCACAUAUAUGCUGAUAAAGCUGAUUGGGAGACAGCACUAAAAGUCCUGGAUGAAGCUAUUAAAGUUUUGCCUCAGACAAGACACAGGCUCCUGAUUUUUAAACAUAUGGCUGCAGUGAAGGCAGGAUCGGGAUAUAAUUUUAUGUUGGACAUGCAGAAAUUCAGAGAUGAAAGUGAAGAUUAUUUGUCACAUAUGUGGCGUCAUUUGGUAACAGGCUCCAGAAGUAUUGUUGGACAGUUAAGCUGUUUUCAAAACGCAAUCAUUGCUUUACAGGAAAAUGAAUGGCAGAAAGUUGAUUAUCUGAUGGAAUUUGCUGAAUGGCUAUAUUGUAACCAGUUUCCCCUCAAUGAUGUUAUUAAACCUCUGGACUGGGUGGUAGAUCUCUUGCUGCAUAUGAAAUUUUCUAUGCAGUCCUCACAAGAAGAAGAAAGAAGUACACCACCAAAAUUUUCGCUUACAGAAAAUUUGAAGAUAGACAUUGGGUUAAAAGAUACCAUGCCCCAAAUUAAUUUGGAAGAUUUUAGUAAUAUUAAACAACUGGAAGCUUUGUUCAGAGUACAGACAUUAAUGGCUUUAAUUUCUGGUCAUAGUUCUCCUUUUCAUCAGCAGCACUGUUUGAUGGCAUAUGCUUGUAUUGUCCGGAUCUGGCAGGUAUCGUUGUCAGCAUCAGCACCUAUUACAAAAGAAUUAUCAAAGUCUUCACAAUUUACAGCUCCUCAGAAGGCACAGUCAAUAAUUGCUCCUAAAAAAGAGAAAGGCAAAAAGAAAGAGAAACAAGUUGAACUCUCUGUUGUGAAAGAGAAGCCUAAAGGGAAAGGAUCGGUUCAUACCUUACCAGCAAGUGUGGAAGAAUGGGCUCAUUAUGACUGUCCUGAUGAAAUCAGAGAUACUUUUAAACAGAAAACAAAUAGUUACGGUAUUAACUGGGAUAAUUUCCCAAAACCUACAUGCACUUUGUAUUUUAUGGACCUUUUAUCUAAAGAACUACAGAAAAUUUUUUGCCCCCACUUGAUUCUUCCCAUCUUUCAGCUAGCUGAAGUUAUUGCUAAAGAAGUUGUGGAAUGUAGAAGUUUGUCUGAUCUUUAUCAUCUUCG